UCGACUCCUAUAGGAUAUUAGAUCUUUUCAUUAUAAAUAUGCUCACGCAAAACGGAAACGCCACCACCGUGGUAAAGACAACUGUGAACAUAAACGAUUUUCGAAAUCCACAAAUACCAGAUCGUGAUGGACUAGUGCAAAGUGUCAAAACUGCACUAGAACAUUUUGAUAAAUGUUCCGAUAACAAUAUUACGGAUGAAAAUUUUUACAGACAUAUCAAAGACAUCAUGGAACAAGAUCGUAAAUUUCGAUCCAUGACUCAAGAUUCUGUUGAUCAUUGUGAAGCAAUGGCUGCAUAUGCAACUGAUUUUGUGGAAUAUAUGCAGAUAUUGAUGGAAGAUAAUGUUUCGGGAGGAGAUUUCAUCGGAGUAAUGAAAUCUCAUACUCAAUCGGCUAUCUUCAACAAAUCAA